AUGGCCACCCCGAAUCCUAACGAUCAUACUUCAUACCACCUCUCUCACUCGUCAUACACCUGCUCCCACUGUGGGUGCGAUUUUCAUUCCUUGGUUGACCCCUCCGCCGAAGCUGCGGAUGCUCACCGACGACUCCAUGACCUCGAAACCCAGGUUAAGAUCUUGAAUACCAAAGCCGCCUCCGCGGUCGACAAGCUAGCCGACUACGAGGAUGAGUUGCGUUAUCUCCGAGACGCGAACGCCAGACACGAACAACAAAGCCAAACGGGUGGAACGAGUGGUCUGGCCCUGGAAGGCCCCGGUCCAGCUAUCACGCCCCCUAUGCCAGGGCAAUCACAGCAACAACAGCAGCCACAGUCGCGGUUAGCAAGCCUGAGUGCAUUAUUACCAGGCCGGAGAAAGGAAGUCCACCCAGUAAAUUUACCCAUCACUCCUCACACUGGAGUCUUUUCUCAGAAUGACAUUGCCUACGGCAGCAACUCUCUUUCUCCCCCGAAAACUCCUUUCACCAAAAGCUCUGCCCCACAACUGCUGCCAUCCCAUUCUGACUCCCAGAUCGUGACGAUGUCCUCAUUGCAAUCCUCCUUGGAGGAAGAACGAAACCUGCGACUACGGGCGGAGUCAAGCCUGUCACAGACGCAGACGGAGCUGGAAGACUUGACAGCACAAUUAUUUGGUCAGGCAAACGAAAUGGUGGCAACUGAACGAAAAGCAAGGGCAAAACUAGAAGAAAGAGUUAAAGUGCUAGAGCAACGGGACACCGAGAAAAGGAGGAGGCUGGAUAGGCUGGAAAAGGCCGUCUCGAGGAUUGAGAGGGUAAAGCAGAUGGUCGGCCCAUGA